CUCGUACUUUGCGAUGUCGCUGCUCAGCUUGAACACCAACCUGCUUUUGUGGCACACAUUAAGUUCCUACCUGGACCAUACAAGAGUUGACCCACAUCCGACAAGCUACAUUGGCGACUUGGAAUAACACCGAAUGGCGGAACAAGCUCGCAGGGCUAGUAUAUAUGAAUAUGCGUCUCGCUCCGUCUUGGAACCAUACUCUCCAAUUAUCAGCUUGACAUUAGCUCCGAUUAUUUGUCUUAUAGGCAUUCCAUGCCAGCGGAAAUGGGUGAGAAAACCGAGUCAAUUGCGUCCUCGACGCCUUCUCACAGCUGGCGCGGUUGGCUGUGGGACUCUGCCGAUUCAACCAAAGAGGAACGAAGGUUUCUAUUCAAGCUAGAUGCUACUCUAUUAACAUUUGGAACCCUUGGUAUGCUCAUCAAGUGGAUCGACACGUCCAACAUCACGAAUGCUUUCGUCUCGGGGAUGAAGGAAGACCUAGGCCUCUAUGGGAAUGAGUACAACUACAUCGUCGUGGCCUGGACAGUAGGAUACAUCAUUGGGCAGUGGCCAUCUAAUAUCAUCUUAACUCGCGUUCCUGCGCACAUCUGGAUCCCCUUCCAGGAAGUUGGCUGGACGGUAUUUACUUUCGCUUUGGCGGGCGCCAAGUCAUAUCGUGCUCUGCUUGGACUCCGGUUCGUUGUUGGCCUUUUCGAAGCUGGCUACUGGCCGGCUCUGUAUUACGUACUGGGCUCCUGGUACAAUAAACGUGAACUUGGCAAACGAAAUGGGAUCCUCCAAUCGGCUGUAUCUAUUGCACCUAUCUUUAGUGGCUUCUUACAGGCUGGGAUUUACAAUGGCAUGAAUGGCGCCAGUGGUAUGGCUGGUUGGAGAUGGCUAUUUGUCAUAAACGGGGUCAUUUCCCUUCCCAUUGCAGUACUCGCUUACUUCUUCCUACCUGAUACCCCGGGGACUGCUAAACCCAAUUGGAUCUUUACUGAACGUGACAUCGAGAUCGCCAGGGAGAGAAUGACAAAGGCAGGACGCGCUCCAGAAGGCAAAUCAUACACCGUUAAAACAUUUGUUGGUUACGUUACCAGCUGGAAGACACUUCUGUUCACCCUCAUCUUCAUGAUUCAACCGUUCGGAUCGCAGCCUUUUACAGCAUUCGUGUUCUGGCUCAAGGCACACAACAAGAAAGGUCAACCUUUGGUCUAUACAGUCAGUCAGAUUAACGAGUAUCCGACCCUGGGUAAUGCUUUCACGGCUGUUUACUCCUUGACAUGUGUCUGGAUCUCAGACGGGCCAUUGAAGGGUCGAAGAUGGCCUGUUAUAUUGUUCUCCAACAUGAUCGCCAUCAUCGUAUUCACCUUGCUUGCCGUAACCCCUGUCAUGGGUCCGUUCUCGCAUAGAGCGCCACUUUAUAUAGUGUCUUCUAUAGGGGGAAGCAUGGUACCCCUAACGAUGGCGUGGAUGGCAGAGCUGAUAUCCGACAAUGCUGAGCAGCGAGCGUUCACUGCAGCCGCAAUGAACACUCUGCAGUACACUUUUCAGGCUUGGAUACCGCUUGUGUGGUUCCAGCAGGUCCAUCAGCCAUUCGUCACUGCCGGUAAUCGAGCCGCCGCGGUGAUCGCAGGCGUCAACAUCAUCAUUUUUACUACUAUUGCCUUUCUGUCCCGCAGGGAGAAAUUUGCCAAGAAGCGCAGAAGCAAACUUCCGCCGGCAUCAGAGUCUCUUGAGCGUCAGCCCCCAAGCAGCGAGGUGGAUGAGAAGGAUUUGUCUGUCGGGGUGCUGGCACUCGACUCCAAGGUUGUCUAA